ACGUUACACAACAACUCAACCCCUCAAAACAAAAACAAAAACAAAAACAAAGUCAUCCCUAAAAUUGAUUUCCCUGACAGUUGUAUUGUAGCUUAAGCAUAAAUGCCCUAAAACAUAAUUAGAAACAGUUGUAUUGUUAUAAUCCAUUCUGUCUUGGUGUGCAAUAUUCAAGUGCAAAGAAGAAAAAAAAAAAAAACCUGGCUAUGUUGUGGACCCCACAAAUUUAAACUUGUGUGGGCCACUGUUCGUCCACUCUCCACUUGUCCAGUUCCAAGCUCCCAUGAAUCGUACAAGAUAGUUCUAGUCCCUCUUCUUUUUUUCUCUCUCAUCACUUUUUCUUGUGUUCAUUUUCAAUGGGGUUUAGAUUUCAUUGCUUUUUAAUGAGCAUCAAUUAAAGUGUAUAUUUUUCUUUUUCAUUACACUUCCACGAAGUUAUAAAAGAGAGCUUAAUCAAGUUUGUGAGUUGUAACAAUGGAGGCAGGAGAAAGUGAGGGCAAGUGGGUGAAGGGAAACUUGUGCCAAAUUUGUGGGGAAAAUGUUGGAAAAGCAGUGAAUGGGAAACUCUUUGUAGCUUGUGGUGAAUGUGGAUUCCCAGUGUGCAGGCCUUGCUAUGAGUAUGAGAGGAAAGAGGGCAAUCAGUCUUGUCUUCAAUGCAAAACCAGAUACAGGAGACAUGAAGGAAGUCCUGUUGUUCAAGGAGACAGUGAGGAGGAUGGUGAUGCUGCUGAAGGUGACAGUGAUUCUAAUUACACCCCAGCAAAUCAGAAUGAGAAGCUCAAAACCGAACAGCGCUCGCUCAGCUGGCGUACUAGUUAUGGGAAGCUGGAGAAUACUGGUGCUACCAACAAUUCCAGGCGUGAGGUCUCUGGAGAGUUGUCAACGGGAUCGCCUGAUCGCUUCUCUGUGGGCUCUACUGGAGUUUAUGGAGGAAUAAAAUCUACUAUAGGAAUAGCUGAUACAUCCAGAGAGUUUGGCUCGCCAAAGUUGGGUAAUAUAGCCUGGAAAGAGAGAGUCGAUGGAUGGAAGAUGAAACAGGAGAAGAAUGUUGUUCCUGCAAGCAUUACUCGGCCUCCAUCUGAGAGAGGAGGAGAUAUAGAUGCUACCACUGAUGUAAUAGAUGAUUCUUUAUUGAAUGAUGAAGCCAGGCAGCCUCUGUCAAGAAAGGUUCCCAUCCCAUCAUCUAAACUAAACCCUUACCGGAUGGUGAUUGCUCUUCGGCUUGUUGUUCUUGGAAUAUUCUUCCAUUACCGUAUCACAAAUCCUGUUAACAAUGCCUAUCCCCUUUGGCUGGUAUCUGUUAUAUGUGAGAUAUGGUUUGCUAUAUCCUGGAUAUUGGAUCAGUUUCCUAAAUGGCUUCCUAUAAAUCGUGAAACGUACCUUGACAGGCUUUCUCUAAGAUAUGACCGUGAAGGAGAGCCGUCUCAAUUAGCUGCAGUGGAUAUCUUUGUUAGUACUGUUGAUCCCAUGAAAGAGCCUCCUCUUGUGACUGCCAACACAAUAUUGUCCAUUAUGGCUGUUGAUUACCCAGUUGACAAAGUUGCAUGUUAUGUAUCUGAUGAUGGCGCAGCCAUGUUGACAUUCGAAGCUUUGUCAGAAACAGCAGAGUUUGCAAAGAUGUGGGUUCCUUUCUGUAAGAAGUAUGACAUUGAACCCCGGGCUCCUGAGUGUUACUUUUCUCAGAAAAUCGACUAUUUGAAAGAUAAAGUUCAUCCAUCAUUUGUUAAAGAUCGCAGGGCCAUGAAGAGAAAAUACGAGGAGUUUAAGAUUCGCAUCAACGUUCUGGUUGCUAAGGCGCAAAAAGUCCCUGAGGAAGGAUGGGUGAUGCAAGAUGGUAUCCCUUGGCCAGGGAACAAUACUAGAGAUCAUCCUGGGAUGAUCCAGAUUUUCUUGGGUCAAAGUGGAGGGCUGGACAGUGAGGGAAAUGAGCUGCCACGUUUGGUAUAUGUUUCUCGUGAGAAGCGUCCUGGCUUUGAACACCACAAGAAGGCUGGUGCUAUGAAUGCACUUGUUCGAGUCUCAGCAGUUCUUACUAAUGGGCCAUUCUUAUUGAAUCUUGACUGUGACCACUACGUAAACAACAGCAAGGCCUUGAGGGAAGCUAUGUGUUUUAUGAUGGAUCCAAACCUUGGGAAAUAUGUUUGUUAUGUGCAGUUUCCACAAAGGUUUGACGGUAUUGAUAGAAAUGAUAGAUAUGCCAAUCGCAACACUGUAUUCUUUGAUAUAAACUUGAGAGGUCUGGAUGGCAUUCAAGGCCCCGUUUAUGUGGGUACUGGGUGUGUUUUCAACAGAACUGCGUUGUAUGGUUAUGAGCCCCCUCGCAAGCCCAAGAACAAGAAAAAGGGAUUGUUCUCCACAUUCUGUGGUGAAUCACGGAAGAAAAACUCAAAAGCAAGAAACAAGGGCUCUGAUAAGAAGAAAUCUAGCAAGCUUGUAGAUCCUACUCUGCCGAUCUUCAAUUUGGAUGAUAUCGAAGAAGGCAUUGAAGGUGCCGGAUUCGAUGAUGAAAAAGCCCUGCUCAUGUCUCAGACUAGGUUGGAGGAUAGGUUUGGUCAAUCUACAGUCUUUGUAGCUUCCACACUCAUGGAGAAUGGUGGUAUACCCCCAGAGACAGACUCAGAUACACUCCUAAAAGAGGCUAUUCAUGUUAUUAGCUGUGGUUAUGAAGACAAAUCAGAAUGGGGAAGUGAGAUAGGGUGGAUCUAUGGUUCAGUGACAGAAGAUAUUCUGACGGGAUUUAAAAUGCAUGCUCGUGGUUGGCGAUCAAUUUACUGCAUGCCAAAGCGCCCGGCCUUCAAAGGCUCUGCCCCUAUUAACCUUUCUGAUCGUUUGAACCAAGUGCUUCGGUGGGCUCUUGGUUCCGUAGAGAUUCUGUUCAGUCGGCACUGUCCUAUCUGGUAUGGAUAUGGCGGCAGGCUGAAAUGGCUUGAACGCUUCGCUUAUGUCAACACAACCAUUUACCCAAUCACUUCCAUUCCUCUUGUUUUGUACUGUACUAUCCCUGCUAUCUGUCUGCUCACCAGCAAGUUCAUUAUCCCACAGAUCACAAAUCUGGCUAGUAUCUGGUUUUUAAGCCUUUUCCUUUCGAUCUUUGCAACGGGUAUAUUGGAGAUGAGGUGGAGUGGUGUGGGUAUAGAUGAGUGGUGGAGAAACGAGCAGUUCUGGGUGAUCGGUGGUGUUUCUGCUCAUCUUUUUGCAGUGUGCCAAGGUCUGCUUAAAGUUCUGGCUGGCAUCGACACCAAUUUUACUGUUACGUCUAAGGCCUCAGACGAAGACGGUGAUUUUACAGAGCUAUAUUUGUUCAAGUGGACUACUCUCCUUAUCCCUCCCACAACUCUACUUAUCAUAAACUUGGUAGGGGUGGUUGCUGGCAUCUCUAAUGCAAUCAACAGCGGCUUCCAAUCGUGGGGUCCAUUGUUUGGGAAGCUUUUUUUCUCCUUGUGGGUGAUUCUUCAUCUUUAUCCCUUCCUCAAGGGAUUGAUGGGCCGCCAAAAUCGCACUCCGACCAUAGUAGUAGUGUGGUCAGUUCUUCUGGCUUCCAUUUUCUCUCUGUUAUGGGUUCGGGUGAACCCUUUCAUAACAAAGGUGAGUGGCCCAAAUUUGGAGCAGUGUGGAAUUAACUGCUAAUGAAGAAGAGAAAGGUGGUCACAUAUAUUGGUUGAAAUUGGCAUGCAUGUCAUCUAUGAUCAGGCAGAGUGAGAUGAGUAGAUGAUGAUGCAAGCUGAUUCUUUGUUAAUGCUUUGCCUUACUUUACUGGGUUGUUGCCACCGAUUUGUAUAAAUUAAUAGUGAUGCACUGAUGUAGCCUGUAUGUGUAUGUAGCUUAAGUUAUAAGCAUCCUAUUCCAGAAUCUUACUAUUAAAUCAUAUGUAGUGCUCAGUGCUCACACUCCUAA